AUGAGCAUGCGCGAUUUGAUCCAAGGGGAGGCGGAGCUGGAUGAUGAGGAGAAUGACGAGUCCUUUGACGAAGAGACGGGUGAAGCACGGCCAGGCAAGCAACGACGAAACCCGGAUCUGGACGACUCGAGCGACGAGGAAGAAGAUGAUGACGAUGAGGAGGCAGCUCGCGCGGUUCGUGAAGGAUUCAUCAUAGAAGAUGAUGAGGACGAAGAGAUAGACGAUGAUCGAGAACGACGGCGCAAAAAGGAACGCCGCAAACGAAUCCGCGAGGAGGAGGAAGCUGCAUUGGAUGAAGAAGAUCUGGAUCUCAUUGGAGAGGCAAAUCCAGAAUGGGAGCGCAAAACUACAGCCCAGCCCAAGCUUAAACGUCUUAAGCGUGGCCACCGAGAUGAGGGCGACCGGCAGCAACGAGGCCUGGAUGAGAUGUUCUCUGAUGACGAGGAAGUCGAUGCCGGAUUCGUUUCACGCGAGCACCAUCACCGAGUCGACGAGUUUGCCGAUUUCAUCGAGGAGGAUGAGCUGGAAGAUGAGGAUGAGCGGCAGAGACACCAGGAGGAGAUGGAAGUGGCUCGCCCUCGGGAAAGAGGAUAUGUUGCAGGUGCAGAUACUGCUGGUCUCGACAAGGAUGCACUUGAAGACAUGGAGGCUAUCUUCGGCAACGGCGAGGACUAUGAUUGGGCUCUAGCGUUGGAAGACGAGGAAGAAGCAAGGGAGGCCGGGGAACACAAUCUCGAGCUAAAGGACGUCUUUGAGCCCUCGCAGUUGUCAGAGAAACUCCUGACCGAUCAGGAUAACCAAAUUCGCUGGGCAGACGAACCUGAGCGAUUCCAGCUGGAUCGGUUGCCGUAUAAGAACUUCCAGAUUUCUGAGGACCAAUUCCGAGAAGAGGCGCGAUGGAUCACCAGUCUGAUAUGGCCCAAAAAACAAUUACAUGGCGACCUGCAAGCGCCAUUUACCAGGGCGAUUGGAAAAGUCCUCGAAUUCUUUGUGGUGGAUGAAGUCGAAGUUCCUUUCGUUUUCCAGCACCGGAAAGACUACCUUAUCCACGCCAAAAAGACCCGACAACAAUCAUCUCAUCACAGCAAUGGUGACGAGCCUGAUUUCGUUGUUACCGCCGAAAAAUUACUUAACCAAGAUGAUCUCUGGCGGAUAUUAGAGCUUGACCUGAAGUUCAGAGCUCUGAUUGAGAAGCGAAAUGUCCUUGAAAAAACAUACGAUAACCUGAAACUGGCAGCCGAGGUGCGGGAUAAAAUGGUUGAGGCUAUGCUUCCGGUCGCGGUUACAAUGGAGGAACUACAGGACAUUCAGGACUUCAUUUACUUUCAGUACUCGGCGGAGAUUAAAGAGCUAGCAGCUACAAACGGCGAAGUCAAGGACAAACGUCGUGCCGGGCAAAAGUCAACGAUUUUUGAUCGCAUACGAAAGGGAAGAGCGUACCAACUAGUUCAAGCAUAUGGUAUCACGGCUGACCAAGUCGCCCAAAAUGCCUUGAGAGAGGGUCGCAAGCAAUACACCGAAGAUGCUUCUACAAGUCCUAUUGACCUUGCUGAUUCAUUGACGUAUGACAGCGAGUUCAAUACGGGUGAGCAAGUACUGCUCGCCGCUCGUCAGAUGUUUGCAGAAGAGCUGUUCAUGAACCCUCGCAUGAGAAAGCAUUUCCGCAUGCACCACUACAUGAUGGGUGUGGUGGACUGUCGAAGGACCGAGAAAGGCCUCCGAAAGAUCGACGAACAACACCCAUACUAUGAGUUGAAGUAUCUCAAAAACCAGACCUUCAGCGAUAUUGCCAACAAGCCUGAGAUGUUUCUCAAAAUGCUCAAGGCUGAAGAAGAAGGACUGCUCGAGGUCAAGGUCUCUCUGCAAAAUGAGAGAGAUUUCCGCAGACAGCUUCUCCAAGAGUUCCAGUCUGAUAACUUCAGUGAGCUUGCAGAUGCUUGGAAUGAGGAGCGUAAAAAUGUCCUCGAUAUUGCUUUUACGAAGCUAGAACGUGUCAUCACCAAGGGCGUUAAGGAGAGCAUGCGGACCGAAUGUCAAGAUUCCAUCUUAAAGCUUUGCCGAGAAGAGUACUCAAAGAAGCUUGACCAAGCUCCAUACAAGCCAAAGGGCAUGAUGCUUGGUACAAUUCCGCGGGUACUCGCAUUGUCAAACGGCAGUGGAGACAUCAAUCGUGACCCCAUCUCCUGGGCCUGGGUGGAAGAGGAUGGGCGCGUUCUGGAGCAUGGCAGAUUUACCAACUUGGCCCGAGACGAGAAUGCAAGAGAGGAUUUCGCUGAACUUGUGCAACGUAGAAAGCCUGACGUUAUUGGUGUGAGUGGAUCGUCCUUCGAAACCCACCGGCUUAUCAACGUUAUCCGAGACCUGGUUUCGGAUAAAGAGUUGAAGGGAGCUGCAUUUGAAGAUCCGGAUACUGGUGAUGAUCGGAGUGAGCCUUUGGAGCUUGUUGUUGUCAACGAUGAGGUAGCUCGGCUGUACAAGGAUAGUCCACGCGCUGCUGUUGAGCAUCCGACUUUCCCUUCGCUCACGAGAUACUGUGUUGCCAUUGCCAAGUACCUGCAAAAUCCAAUGAAGGAGUAUGCAGCGUUAGGGAAAGACGUUAUCUCCUUAUCGUUCCAUCCUUGCCAACAACUUCUUCCCAAAGACAAACUUCUCAAGCAGCUUGAAACAGCCAUGGUGGAUAUGGUCAAUCUUUGUGGAGUUGACAUCAAUGAGGCGAUCGGCGAUCCUUACACUGCCGCGUUGCUUCCAUACGUGUGCGGCCUUGGCCCCAGAAAAUCCACAGCGGUUCUAAAGACCAUUAACCAAAAUGGUGGCGUCGUCAAUACUCGCGACGAGCUUGUGGGAGAUCCUGAUAGUCACAAACUACCAGUUGUCGGUCCUCGAGUGUGGAAUAACUGCGCAAGCUUCCUCUCUAUCGAGUAUGACAGCUCAAAUCCAAUGUCUGAUUAUCUCGACAAUACCCGAGUGCACCCAGAAGACUACGAGCUCGGCCGUAAGAUGGCUGCUGAUGCGUUGGAACUUGACGAAGAAGAUGUGAAAGCCGAAGUUGAUGAGGGCGGUCCUGGAGCCAUCGUUCGCAAGCUGAUCAAGGAUGAUGAGCAGGAGAAGGUCAAUGAUUUAAUUCUGGAAGAGUACGCUGAGCAACUUGAACGCAAUUAUAACCAACGCAAGCGCGCCACGCUCGAGACGAUUCGUGCUGAGCUACAGCAGCCGUACGAAGAACUAAGGAGAAAUUUCGCAAUCCUCUCGGAUGACGAGAUCUUCACGAUGCUCACGGGAGAAACACGAGACUCGCUUUGUGAAGGCAUGAUCGUACCAGUCCAUAUUCGAGUGGUGAAGGACGACUUCCUCAUUGCAAGAUUGGAUGCGGGUAUCGAAGGUAGAGUCGAUAUAGAGGACGGCUCCGACCAGGAACUGCCGCUCACUCGUCUCUUCUCUGCGCACCAAAUUGCCCAGGCAAAACUUAUGGAACUUGACCGUGGCAUGUUUUCUGCGAAGCUCACGCUACGCGAGUCUAUGUUGAAACAUCCGUAUCGGAAGCGAAUCGAUCACGAUCCAGGAUCGUGGGAUGUUAUUCAGGAGCAGAAAGACAAAGAGGAGCUUCGGGAAAAAGAUAAAGCUACUGGCCGGACUCAGCGUGUUGUCAAGCAUCCGUUAUUCCGACCUUUCAAUUCAACACAGGCCGAGGAAUAUUUGGGGUCACAAUCACCCGGCGAUGCCGUUAUUCGGCCUUCGUCGAAGGGCAAUGAUCAUCUUGCUGUCACCUGGAAGGUCGCUGAUGGUGUGUAUCAACAUAUUGAUGUUCUUGAGCUGCAGAAGGAGAACGAGUUUUCUGUUGGCCGACAGCUUCGCAUCGGUGGCAAGUACACAUAUAGUGAUCUCGACGAAUUGAUUGUCGACCACGUGAAAGCCAUGGCUAAGAAGGUCGCCGAAAUGGUUCAGCAUGAGAAAUACCAAUCAGGCAGCAGAACGGAAACAGAAAACUGGUUGACUACAUACACUGAGGCCAACCCGAAGAGAUCUGUCUACGCCUUCUGCCUGGACACGCGGCAUCCUGGGUACUUCUGGCUCUGCUUCAAGGCUGGAAAAUCCGCCCGCCCCAACGCGUGGCCUGUGCGGAUCGUCCCGAAUGCUUUCGAGCUAAUGAAGGCCGCCUACCCAGACAUGAAAGCGCUGUGCAAUGGCUUCAAGUUGCGCCAUGCUAGUGAAAUGAGCCGACGUCCUUGA